AUGUUACUGACUUUAAAAACUCUUCAACAACAAACUUUUCAGAUAGAAAUAGACCCUCAAGAGACUGUCAAAGCGCUGAAGCUUAAAAUUGAAGUGGAAAAAGGUAAAGAUUAUGCGGCAGACAAUCAAAGACUUAUUUAUGCGGGUAAGAUUCUUCUCGAUGAUAAUAAACUGCAUACGUAUAAUAUAGAUGAAAAGAAAUUCAUCGUUAUCAUGGUGACAAAACCGAAAACAUCCGAUAAUCAACAAGCGUCGUCGACCUCAGCGCCAGAAGCCGGGGAAAGUGCGUCAACUGAAAGCGGCGACGGCAAAAGUAAAGUGGUCGAAGAAAAACCAAAACCUCAGCCCGCAGCGGAACCUGAGCGUGCAUCUGAACCACCAGUAACAGCAAAUGAGCCGGAUUUCGAAUCAACAGUGCAAAGCAUUAUGGAUAUGGGCUAUAACAGACAACAAGUUGAACAAGCUCUUCGUGCUUCAUUUAACAAUCGCGAAAGAGCUGUAGAAUAUCUCAUAACAGGGAUCCCUGAAGAGCUGCUUCAAGAACAGGAAGCUGAAGAGAGUGCUGAUGAAGACCCGUUGGGCUUUCUUCGGGAUCAACCACAGUUUCAACAAAUGCGUGCAGUGAUUCAACAGAAUCCUAAUUUACUGAAUACUGUGUUGCAGCAAAUUGGUCAAACAAACCCAGCUUUACUUCAAGCUAUUAGUCAGCAUCAACAAGCUUUUGUGAGAAUGUUGAAUGAGCCUGUGAACCCAUCUGCUGCUGGAGCAGUAGCCGAGGAGGCAGUGCCUGAUAAUCCAGUGCCUCAACAGCCUCAAAAUGUUAUACAAGUAUCUCCUCAAGACAAAGAGGCCAUUGAGAGAUUAAAAGCGUUAGGAUUUCCAGAACAUAUGGUUAUUCAAGCGUACUUUGCUUGUGAGAAAAAUGAAAAUCUUGCUGCAAAUUUCUUGUUGUCACAAAAUUUUGAUGAUUAA